AUGAACCUUUCAAUGCCGGGGCUUCUGCUCCUGGUAGGCGGCAGUAUCGUUUACUGGGUCUGCCAUUACGCCCUGUCCUUGCGACACAACAUAGCGGAGGCCAAACGAAGCGGCCUGCCCUAUGUCGUCGUUCCUUGCAGCCCAAUCACACACCUUUGGCGCAUCUCGUUCCCCCUGUGUUCGCGCCUCCUGAAGCUCCUUCCCAAGAGCUGGUGGGAGGACUGGUUCGACGUCAUGAUCCCCGAUAACAUCUACUGGUCGGGCUGGAAGCUCUUUGAGCGGUACGGCGAGGCCUUCCUCGUCGUGUCCCCUGGGUUUCGGGUCCUGUACGUGGCCAACGCCGAGAUGAUCACGCAAAUCUUCGCCAAACGGGAGCAGUUCCCCAAGUGGGUCGCGCGUUACCACAUCCUCCGCCUGUUUGGCGAGAACCUCAUCACCGCCGAGGGCCAGACGUGGCGGCUGCACCGCCGGGUCAUAGCUGCCUCCUUCAGCGAGCGCAACGCCGCUCUCGUCUUCCGCGAGGCCAUCGUCCAGGCGCAGGGCAUGGUCCGCGGCUGGAUCGGCCCGUCUGAAACCCGCAGCGAGGUCCUGCGCACCGUUGAGCGCGACGCCCUGCGCAUGGCGCUCCACAUCAUUGGCUAUGUCGGGUUCGGGUUGCGGCUCCUGUGGCCGGGGCAGACGCUGCCGGCCAACAUGGACCCCAAGUACAGCAAGUACUCGUCGCUCGAGGCAGCUGAAGGGUACGAAAUGAGCUUUGUCGACACCAUGCGGAGCGUCAUGGACAACAUACUAUUGAUACCGCUGGCCCCGAAGUGGCUUCUGAGAGCCUGGCCUUCCGAGCGAACUACGGAAGCUCUUGUCGCGUACGAAAACUAUACCAAGUACAUGGAGGAGAUGAUGGAAGACAAGCUGGACGAUGCGCGGCGAGGCAUACCGCCAGAGGGCAUGGACCUCAUGGGCUCCCUCGUGCGGUGCGCUUACGAAGCCGAUGCAGCCAAGGACGACAAGACGGGCAAGGCGGCGAGUCUGCCGGUGCUGACGCGGGAAGAGAUCAUUGGCAACGCCUUCAUCAUGUUCGCGGCUGGGCAUGAGACGUCUGGCGGCAAUAUACAUGUUCUCAUGAUGCUGCUGGCGACGAACCCGUCAGCGCAGCGUCAUCUCCAAAGGGGCAUUGACCAAGUGCUUGGCGACUCGGACCCGAGCACUUGGGAUUAUGAUACCAAGGUCAGCGCCAUGAUGGGGAGCAUGAUUGGGGCGUGCCUGUACGAGACGCUGCGCAUCGUGCCCCCGGCCGUCGAGAUCCCAAAGGAGGUUUCGCCCCUUGGGGACCAGCCCGUCACCAUGGACGGGCGAGAAUACUUGCUGACCGAGGGCACGGGCAUCGCCAUCGUCACGUCGGGGGUGCACCUUAACCCGCGGUACUGGCCGCAUGCCGACAGCAAGAUCUGCGAGGGCGGCAACGACCUGCGCGACUUCCGGCCGGAGCGGUGGUUCCCCAACAAGUCGGGGCUCGGGGCUCGGGGCGUCGAGGACACGUCGGGGCCCGAAUCGGCGGCGCAGUACGGGGGCCACGGUGAGGUCGACAGCAGCGCGCAGAUGUUCCGGCCCGCCAAGGGCUCCUACAUACCCUUCAGCGACGGGUCACGGUCGUGUAUGGGGCGGCGGACGGCUCAGGCGCAGAUCACUGCAAUGCUAGCCGUCGUCUUCCGCGAAUACAGCGUAGAGCUGGCCGUCGACGAGUGGGCGAGCGAUGCCGAGGUGCAGGCCAUGAGUAGGGACGAGCGGGCGAGCGUAUACCGUCAGGCGCAGGACAAGAGCAGGCAGACCAUGAUGAAGAUGUAUAGUGUGGUUACGCUUGGCCUGCAUAGCACGUACCACGUGCCGCUGAGGCUGGUCAAAAGGGGCCACGAGAACUUUGUCGACUGGAUGGACGGGUAAAGGGCAGUUUGUCGUGUCGGAUGGACGGGAGGGACUGUAAAAAAGGCACACAUACAUGCGCUCGGUGCCUUGGUACGUAUCCUACACGCAUACUCGUAGUAGUCGAGGUCGUACCAAGAUGCGGGCAGCCAUCAUCGUCUCAGAG